AGCAGACAGCUACACGCUACAAUGGUUUCCCACAAAUCUGCAACACCAAGAGUUAUCUUUUCGCGUCAUGGACAAACCGAAUGGUCCAAGUCUGGCCAACACACCUCUGUCACCGACAUCCCGCUCACCGAGUUCGGGAUCAGACAGAUGACGGCGACGGGGAAGGCGUUGAUUGGAGAAUCACCUUUGCAGCUCAUCAAGCCAGCUCAUUUGACCACGGUGAUCUGUUCCCCACGUUUGCGCGCGCAACAGACGGUUGAGUUGUUAACGAAGUCGUUGACAGCCGAGCAGAAGCGCUACACCAUCGAGAUCAAUGAAGACAUCAGAGAGUGGGACUAUGGUGACUAUGAAGGGUUGUUGAAGAGAGAAAUCCAAGCCUCACGCUCCGAGCGUGGCUUAGGCGAUAACUGGCUGAUUUGGAGAGAUGGCUGUGAAAACGGAGAGACCUACGAACAGGCAACCGUGCGGAUUGACAGACUCAUUGCCAAGAUCCGUGUCAUUCACCAGAAGGCGUUUGACGAAGACAUGCCUUGUGAUGUACUUGUUGUUGGUCACGGGCACAUUUUGAGGUGUCUUGCUGCAAGAUGGUGUGGCUGGCAGAUCAACCAGGACCCGAAGUUCGUAUUGGAUGCCGGUGGUGUGGGGGUGUUGAGCUACCAGCACCAUUGUAUUGACGAACCGGCCUUGUAUUUGACCGGAGCGUUUGUGGUUCCACCAGAUGAGAUGUGUGAGAACUAGUAGAGAAGAGGUAUUUAUAGAGCAGCGAAAGUGUAUGAAGCCGGAACGUGCAUUGGAGAGCUUGGUGGAAGUAAAGUCUUUGAGUUGCUAAGGAUCCUUCACUAAGGUUUUAUACAUUAUCAAAUAUCCUAGAAGAAACAUGAUUGUGCUCGCGAAGCAUAGAAGAGUAAUGACGAGAUCUCUGUGAUUUCUACAUACCAGUGCGGUUCGCCUGAAGCACCAAACAGAAAUGUCUCUGGUUCAAAGUACACACGAGUCUAUGUUACAAUCUAAUUGAUUAUUGAA